UAUUAAAUCUUAUUUUUGCAUUUCACCUUUGUUUUAGUCCUAUAUGGGCAAUUACUUUUUUAUCUAUCCAAACACUCUUUCAUGCCGAGGAGGAGAUCACAACUUCACAAGUUCAAAAAUCAUGGUUACGGAUAUGUGGGUACUAAAAUAGCGAACAGGUUAUCUGGGUAUCAACACUCUUCUAUCGUUUCUUGAAAUCCAUAGGCUGCAACUUCUUUGUUUAAGGGGAUGUCCCCAAUAUGAUUCUUAGGAUUUUAAAGGAAUUUAGAAUUCUAUCAAAAUCUGGAGAAUCAUAGAAAGGAUGCAAUCUCUGAAAGACAUAGUACCAGCUGCAUCAAAUAAUAUAAACACAAAAUUCAUUGUUUUAGACAAAGGAAGAGUGUCAGGGGAUGCACAACAAAAGGCAUGUUUGGCAUUAGUUGCGGAUGAGACUGCAGCCGUUCAUUUCCAGAUGUGGGCUGACGAGUGUGAUCAGUUUGAGCCCGGUGAUAUUAUUACUCUCUCAAAUGGCAUCUUCUCUUACAAUCGAAACGCUUUUGUGUUGAGGGCUGGCAAAAGAGGCAAGGCGGAGAAGGUGGGGGAGUUCACCAUGACCUUUGUGGAGACACCAAACCUGAGUGAGAUUCAUUGGGUCCCUGAUCCAAGUAACCCCAAGGUAUAUGUGCAAGAUGCUGUUGUUUCUCCCUUUUCACGAAUUUUCCCACCUAUGCACUGAUGGUUGAGACAUGAGAGCUCUGCUGGGCAAGAUUUACGUGUUUAUGAUCAUUUGUUUCAUCUGAAAUGAGAUCUUGGAGUUCAUGUUCUUUUUGUCUCGAUGAUUUGCUUUUGUGAAAAUAUCAUUUGAGGAUACCCGGAAACUAUUUUGUUGAGUCAUGACGCAAUCUCUCAUUUGGUUUUGUGUAUCUAUUUUUUAUCAUAUUCAAAUUCAAGUUUUUUAUCAUUUGUCUCGAUGAUAGUAUGAAUUUUUAUUAUUAACUCUAACUUAGAUAUUACCAUGGGGUAAUUAACUUUAUAUUCAGGGAGCUUUGUAUACUGUUACGUAUGUUUUUUGCAACGACACGGAG